UAGGCUGGUGAGUGUGCACUUAAUUUUGCUCCCUAACUGUUUUGAAUUUCUCUUCCAUUUGAACCCUGUAUCCUGAUGCAGCCCUUUAUUUGGAGCAAGCAUGGGGGAGUGUGUGUGAGUCACAAGGUGAUUAAUUUCGGCUGAGUGGCGCCUCGGGGUAGGCAGGGAAAUGCUCUGCCUGGCUUAUUUCCACAUGGGUCUCUGCAGCACUGGGUCAGCCUUCCUUCCCCGAGACCCAGAAACAAUAGACUCUGCUUCAUGUAUAGAGUGCCGGUGUUCCUGGAAAUCGCCUGGAUUCAUUUUGCUUGGAGGGAAAGAAAGGGAAUCAGAAGCUUAGAGAAGUUGAAAAUAUGUGGGGGAGUCAAGAUUCAAAUCCAGUUUUGUCUGACUUCAAAAUCCAUUAUCUUAACCACGAAGCUGCCUGCCAUUUAGACUCCAAACCUUGCUUGCAGACCUAUAGAAUGGAGAUGACAUAGUACUUGCAAAAUGAGGUUGAAGAUGGAAUCCAUGGAGGAAGGAAGGCCUGGGUCUUCAGACCCCUGGCUGCCAGUCCAGAAGUGGCACUGUGAAAGCAUCUGUAACAUCUGCUGUAGAUGCCCUAACAAUCAAGUGGGCUUGGAUUUGGACAUUCUCAGUAGGAGUGGUUAAAGGCUGAUGGGACCAUAAAGCAAAAAUGAAGUUUCAGGAGACCAAAACUAGAUCUGAGUCUCAUUCUUUCCCAGCCUGGAAUUCCUGGGUGCUAUAGGUCCUGGAUAUACAAUAGAUGAUGACAACAUUUUUCUUUUAUGCAUGAAGGUAGAUGAUUCUUCAAAUUAAAGAUGGAAGCUGACUUUUCGCACCAGAAAUGGUUUAUAGAAUCAACUUGCAAAAAUGAUUCUUUUCAGCAUCUGGAGACUUCACUCUGUGUUAUGUCUUUGUGUGAAGACAUGCUGCUUUGUAACUAUCGCAAAUGUCGCCUCAAACUCUCUGGUUAUGCGUGGGUCACUGCCUGCUCUCACAUCUUCUGUGAUCAGCAUGGCAGUGGUGAGUUUAGUCGUUCACCAGCUAUCUGCCCUGCCUGCAAUAGUACCCUUUCUGGAAAGCUAGACAUUGUCCGCACAGAACUCAGUCCAUCAGAGGAAUAUAAAGCCAUGGUAUUGGCAGGACUUCGACCAGAGAUUGUGUUGGACAUUAGCUCUCGUGCACUGGCCUUCUGGACGUAUCAGGUACAUCAGGAGCGUCUCUAUCAAGAAUAUAAUUUCAGCAAGGCUGAGGGCCAUCUGAAACAGAUGGAGAAGAUAUAUACUCAGCAAAUACAGAGUAAGGAUGUAGAAUUGACCUCUAUGAAGGGGGAGGUCACCUCCAUGAAGAAAGUGCUAGAAGAAUAUAAGAAAAAGUUCAGUGACAUCUCUGAGAAACUUAUGGAACGAAAUCGUCAGUAUCAAAAGCUCCAAGGCCUCUAUGAUAGCCUUAGGCUGCGAAACAUCACUAUUGCUAACCAAGAAAGUACCCUUGAACCAUCCAUGAUUGCACAGUCUGGUGUUUUUGGCUUUCCAUUAGGGAACAACUCCAAGUUUCCUUUGGACAGUACACCAGUUCGAAAUCGGGGUGGUGGAGAUGGAGAUCUUCACUUCAGACCGUUUUUUGUGGGUUCUCCCAGAGCACCUGAACCCAGCAACAGCUUUUUUAGUUUUGCCUCUCCAAGUCGUGAAUUAGAGCAGCAGCAAAUCUCUAGCAGGGCCUUUAAAGUAAAAAGAAUUUAGCUCACUUUACAGAAUAUUUCUCUGUUCACUCUUAGUGAUCUCGUUUAGCACAUAAUCUUUAUUCUAGUUAGAAUGAGAUCACCAACCUUUGUAUGCUAUUACAUUUUCAACUUAAUGAGGAACUCAGUGUCAGCAGGAGUGGCGUUAGGGUCUGGCAUCUUUUCCUGUUUCCAUCAUUUAAAGUGUGAGCAUUAUAUUAAACUCAAAUUUACUGUGACUGUUGAGUUUUCACCAGUAGUGAAAAGGUUACAGUAUUACUGCUUGUUUUGUAGAUCACCAUUUGUUUUCUGUCUGUGUUAUUUCCAACUGAACUAGGUGUUUAUGUAUAUGUAUAUAAGCACGUAUGUUAUAUAUCUACAUGUCACUUUAUAUUCUGGUAUUUAUGCAUAUAUGUAUAUAUGCUUUCCUUUAUAUUGAUAUUUUGCUGUAUUUGCCAGCAUAUUUAUGUGAAGAUUUUGGUCUCAGGAAAUGGCAGGUGAAUCUGUAGCUUGUUAUUUGGGUAUGUUCCUUUAUUUGUAUAUAUUUAUGUAUCUGCCCUUGUAUUAGUUUGUUUGGAGGUGUGCUCAUGUUGGUGAAUAAGAAUACAAUUUGAUGCUUGUAUGUUGUCUGUUUUUCUAUUUUUUUAAAUUUUGUUGUCUGU